GAAGCUCGCCCUAUCGGCCACCUGCUGCCUGCCCGCCUGCGCCGCGACAUGGCUGGCAAAGCACACAGGCUAAGUGCUGAGGAGAGGGACCAGCUGUUGCCAAACCUAAGAGCUGUUGGGUGGAACGAGCUGGAAGGCCGUGAUGCUAUCUUCAAGCAGUUCCAUUUCAAAGACUUCAAUAGGGCUUUUGGGUUCAUGACAAGAGUGGCCCUGCAGGCUGAGAAAUUGGACCACCAUCCAGAAUGGUUUAACGUGUACAACAAGGUCCACAUCACCCUGAGCACCCAUGAGUGUGCAGGCCUUUCAGAACGGGACAUAAACCUGGCCAGCUUCAUCGAACAAGUAGCAACAUCCAUGUCAUAGAUCCUGUCCUUCCUCUUUGAAUCACUCAGGGCAAAGGGGUGAUUGAAUUGGGGAAUCCAGGGAGGGAGCUGAGAGCCCUUGGCCCCAAGACCCUGCUGCCUCUGUUGAGGGGUGAGUCCUUGUUGUGGGGAGAAGAUCCUAGCAUCCCUGCCAACACCAAGAAUUUAGACCUCUUCCCUGUGCUGCUCUCUGUCCUUGGGGCUCUAUUAUGUUACACUAAUUUGAAUAAGCUCCUUUCUUUGCACCUUUUCAGCAACAGUAAUGUUUUCUUGCUCACUUUAUAAUUCAUUUCCCAAGAAGCUGUGAUACAGGGUAAAAUAAAAUCUUAUCUUAGAAACCAGGUAAACCCCUUCCUAUGUGAUGGAAACAUGUUAUGUUUGUAUCUAUCAAGUAAAACUAUUGUCACUUGG